CAGGAAACAGCCUUUCCUCUCGGAUUGUCGCAGUAGGAACAAACACACAAUUUUGUCUUUACUCAAUGCACCCCUCGGCACAGAACACGCGGAAGCCGGUCAGAAGGAAAAAUGCCUCCUUCGAUAGAGAUAGCUGUUCUGCUCCUCGGCGUCCUGGCUUUGGAGACGCGCCGGAGUGCCAGCGCGCUACAGAUCCAACAGGCGUUCGCGUCUCCAAAUCAGACCAAUAACUUCGUGGUCGAUAAAGUCUCCAGGAAGGUCUACCUGGCCACUGUCAACACCGUCUACCAGCUGAACAGGACCUUGAGCAUCGAGGUGGAGAAGAGAACUGGGCCGGUGGAGGACAACCUGUUGUGCCAUGCGCCGCAGCUGCCCCAGGCUCCGUGUGAGCAUCCCAAAUCCCUCACUGAUAACUACAACAAGCUCCUGGAGCUGGACCGAGAGCAGGGGGUCGUGGUGGUGUGCGGUUCCGUGUACCAAGGCUUCUGUGAGCUCAGGAAGAUGGACAACAUUUCUGAGAUAGCGGUGGAGUUCCCACCUCAGGGUGAGAAGACGGUAUUCCCUAGCAUGCUCAAUAUCGCUGCCAAUCACCCCAAUGCGUCCACUGUCGGGCUCAUAUUCAGGAGCCACGGGGGCAACACCCGGCUCCUGGUCGGGGCGACUUACACAGGUGCCGGGACCCCGUUUUUCCCCAAAAACCACAGCAAGGAGGACCUGCGCUUUGAGAACACCCCGGAGAUUGCCAUCCGCUCCCUGAACAUUAAGGAUUUAUCCCGACUUUUCACCUAUGAUAUCAACCCCUCUGAGGAUAAUGUUUUCAAAAUCAAACAGGAGGUGAAAACGAAAAAUAAGCUGAACUUCGUGCACGCGUUCAUACAGAAGACUUACUCCUACAUCGCCAUCAACAAUGACGCAAAAAUGGGACACAAGGAGAGCCAGCCCAACAGCAUCCUUGCCAGGAUAUGCCUGGAUACAGAGAGCCCUCGAAAAUCCACCUCGGGCCCGGAGAGCAGAAAGCUCACUGAGUCCUACAUCCAGAUGCCUCUCCAGUGUGGAUUUGACGGGAACAUUUACAACCGGCUGCUGUCCGUGUACCCAGCAGAGAUCCACGCAGGAGACGGCAAGAGAACAGAGCCCUACCUGUUUGGAGUGUUUUCCAAGGGGGACAGAAAAUCUGCCCUGUGCGCCUUCAGGUUUGCUGACAUCGAGGAGGAGAUCCGGCAGGGCCGCAGAAACUGCUCCAACUCCCCCAGCAGUGAUGUACAAGUGCUGGACAGUGUCAUCCAGGGCUCCGGGGCAGCCUGCAUUCAGAAGGGAAAUCUGGUGUUGCAGCCAGAGCAGCUGGACUGCGGUGCUGCCCACCUGCAGCACCCUCUGGCCCUACGGCGGCCCCUGAGGGCCACACCUCUCUUUGAGUACACUGGCCUCAGUUCAGUCGCUGUGGACGACAUACACAACCACACUGUGGUUUUUCUGGGAACCAGCAAUGGACGACUUCGUAAGCUGACCCUCCUGGCGAACAUGACCUUGGCCAGCCAGUGGACGAUCAAGCUGCCGGCCAGCGAAUCAGUUCACCACAUCAUGACCUUUGACCCCAACGACAGGAACUUCCUUUAUCUCAUGACCUCCCAUCAUCUGUUGAGGGUGAAAGUGGCAGAGUGUGGCCAGUACAGGAGCUGCAGUGACUGCCUGGGAGUAGGUGACGCCCACUGUGGCUGGUGUACUCUGGAAAACAGAUGCACAAUCCAGAGGGAGUGUGCUCCGGAGCCGCUGGCACGCUCUUGGAUCAGCAUGGCUGAAGGGCCUCAACAGUGUCCGUCUAUGACCCUAACCCCCCCAGAGAUCAGCCUCUCAGCAGACAUUAAGGAUGUGGGCAUCCUGAUAAACGGCAGUGUUCCUGAUCUGGCUGGCUCCCGUGUGGAGUGUGACUACGGAUUGGGUGUUUCCACAGCAGCUACUGUGCACCUGGACUAUGGUCCCGCACAGAUCCAGACGUGUCCUCUACUCCCUCGAGAAAACUACCCGUCCAUCCCCCCAGGCAGAGAUCAUCUUACUGUUCCUGUGGCGAUAAAAGUAAACGGCACAUCUGUGGUAUCAGGGAGCUUCAUCAUCUAUGACUGCGAGAGGACUGGAGCAAUACACCCUAAAACAUCAUGCAUGAGCUGCCUGAAUACCAGGUGGAGGUGUUAUUGGGACCAGCAGAGCCACACUUGUAUUUCCAGCAAAGAUGAGUCAAAACACAACCUGCUGGAGAAUGCAGCUUCCUGUCCCAGCCUGGUCGCCACGGAGGUCCCUCCAUCACCAUCAGGGAUGACCCAGGACUUCACCUUAUCAAUAAGCAACAUCAACGAGGGAGAGGAGCUGGAGUGUGACUUUGGAAAAGAGCAGCGAUAUGAAGCUACAUGGUUGAACAGCUCGACAGUGAAGUGCAGUGGAGUGACACUGCAUACGACACAGAGGAGUCAGGUUUACCACCUCAGCCUACGGAGGAGAGGAUACCCUGAAAAAUACAUCGACAGCCCUGAACCCAUGACAGUGGAGGUGUACCACUGUGGAGUGGGUAGCUGGGACUGCUCGCAGUGCUGGGGCCGUGAGGACCAGGGCCACCUUUGCGCCUGGUGCGACAACAGCUGUAAGCCCAGGGAUGACUGCCAGCCAGUCAGAGAUCAAUGUCCUGAUCCUGAGAUCCACAAAAUCUUCCCCCUGAGUGGUCCAGUGGAAGGAGGCACCCUGCUGACGAUACAGGGCAGGAACCUGGGCCGCAGGGCCGGGGCGGUGGAUGUCUCCAUCGGGGAUGUACCAUGCACGAUCCUGCCUGAGCACUACACCGUUUCUGUACAGCUGGUGUGCAUGACUGGGAGGUCUGCAUAUGACAUGACAGAAAUCGUCCAAGUGGUUGUAGAUCAGAAUGGAAUGGGGACGUCAAAGGAGCGCUUCUCAUAUUUAGUCCCCAAGCUGCUGUCCAUGGAGCCCAGGAAGGGCUCUCGUGCUGGAGGGACCAGAGUGAUCAUAAGGGGGGAGCACCUGGACACUGGCUCCCAGGUCAGAGUCAAGGUCAAUGGCACACAGGAAUGCACCAUCAUAACGCAAGUAGCUGACACCAUUGAAUGUACCAUGCCUGCAGCCGUGCAGGCUCACACUGAGUCCGUGGCGGUGUGCGUGGAGUUUGAAAACAUUCCCUGUCAGAGUGAGGAGCUGAGCACCACGUAUACCUACGAGAAGAACCCCACUAUCAGCUUCAUCAGUCCUAAAAAGAGCUACCUCAGUGGUGGCAGGACCAUCACAGUGACAGGCCAAGGUUUUGAUCUGGUGCAGAGCAUCACCAUGGAUGUGCUGGGUGUUGGACAAAUAGAUUGUACAGUGCUCUCCCCGGCCACAAUCACCUGCCCCUCUCCGGCCUCCAGCCAAUCCCAGCAGGCCUCGGUGCAGUUCUUCCUGAACGGAGUCCUCUACACGGGAGAGAACCCCGCUUCCUACGACACCGAGGCUGAGGAGGAGGAUGGGGAGCCUCAGGCGGGCCACUUCAUGCUGGAUUACGUGGAAGACCCUCAGUUCUUCACCGCCAACAAGGAGAAGUUGAUCAAACACCACCCCGGAGAGCCUCUCACGCUCAUUAUCAAUAAAGGGCCAAGCGAUCUGGAGCUAGUGCCGGAGGAAUACUCGGUGAUGAUUGGCUCCUAUCCCUGUCACAUCAGCUUCCAUAACGACCAGCUGUUCCACUGUACCAUCAACGAACCGCUGAGCUCCAAUGAGGGAGAGCUGCCUGUCACGGUACAAGUUGGGAACUUCCGUCACACCAUUGCCAAGGUGCAGCUGGGCGGCAGCGAGCUGGCCAUCGUCGUAUCCAUUGUUGUGUGCUGCGUGCUGCUGCUGCUAUGCACUGUGGCUCUUGUAGUGUACUGCACAAAGAGCCGGAGGGCGGAGCGCUACUGGCAAAAAACUCUGCUACAAAUGGAGGAGAUGGAGUCGCAGAUCAGAGAGGAGAUCCGUAAAGGUUUUGCAGAGCUGCAGACAGACAUGACAGACCUGACCAAAGAGCUGAACCGCAGCCAGGGCAUCCCGUUCCUGGAGUACAAACAGUUUGUCACGCGCACUUUCUUCCCUAAGAUGUGUUCAGACUAUGAGAAGAGUCUGGUCCAGCCUGUUUAUGAGAAUGACACCCUUGGCCCUCGAGCACUGCCAGAGACCCACCCGCUCCUACAGGACUGGCAGGCCUCCAACACAAUACGGCCCAAUAUGGAGGAGGGCAUCACGCUGUUCUCCACUCUUCUCAACAACAAGCACUUCCUAGUCACAUUCGUCCAUGCCUUGGAGCAGCAGAAGGACUUUGCCGUACGGGACAGAUGUAGCCUGGCGUCCCUGCUCACUAUCGCCCUCCAUGGUAAGCUAGAGUACUACACCAGCAUCAUGAAGGACCUUCUGGUGGACCUGAUCGACGCUUCGGCCUCCAAAAACCCCAAACUGAUGCUGCGCCGCACCGAGUCGGUGGUGGAGAAGAUGCUGACCAACUGGAUGUCCAUCUGCAUGUACAGCUACCUCAAGGAAACAGUGGGUGAGCCUUUUUUCCUGCUGCUGUGCGCCAUCAAGCAGCAGAUCAACAAGGGCUCCAUAGAUGCCAUCACAGGGAAGGCCCGCUACACCCUCAAUGAGGAGUGGCUGUUGCGGGAGAACAUCGAGGCCAAGCCACAGAACAUCAACGUGUCCUUUCAAGGCUGUGGCAUGGACUCGCUGUCUGUCAGGGUCAUGAAUACAGACACUAUCUGCCAGGUGAAGGAAAAGAUCAUAGAGGCCUUUUAUAAAAACCUGCCAUUCUCCCAGUGGCCGCGGGCAGAGGAUGUAGACCUCGAGUGGUUUGACUCUGGUAGUAACAGCAGGAUUCUGCAGGACCUGGAUAACUCAUCAGUGAUGGAGGAUGGCCGGAAAAAACUGAACACAGUCUUCCAUUACCAGGUCCCAGAGGGUGCCUCGCUGGCCAUGAGCAUGAAAGACAAGAGAGAGAACACCCUGGGGAGAGUCAAAGACCUGGACACGGAGAAGUAUGUUCACUUGGUCCUACCUCAUGAUGAGUUAAUGGAGACCAGGAAGUCACACAGGCACAGUCACCGCAAGAAGGUCCUGCCUGAAAUCUACCUGACACGCCUGCUGUCCACCAAGGGAACCUUGCAGAAAUUCUUGGAUGACCUGUUUCAGGCCAUCCUCAGCAUCCCCCCGGAGCGCCCCCCUCUGGCUGUUAAAUACUUCUUUGACUUCCUGGAGGAGCAGGCUGACAAACGAGGCAUCACAGACCCCGACACCCUGCACAUCUGGAAGACCAACAGUUUACCUCUGCGUUUCUGGGUCAACAUUCUGAAGAACCCGCAGUUCGUGUUUGACAUCGAUAAGACGGACCACAUGGAUGCCUGUCUGUCCGUCAUCGCCCAGGCCUUCAUCGACGCCUGCUCUAUCUCUGAUCUGCAGCUGGGCAAGGACUCCCCCACAAACAAAUUGCUGUAUGCAAAGGAGAUCCCUGAAUAUAAGAAGAGGGUGCAGUGCUACUACCAGCAGAUACAGGAGAUGGCGCCUCUCAGUGAGCAGGAGAUGAACGCUCACCUGGCUGAGGAGUCACGGAAAUACAGGAAUGAAUUCAACACCAACCUAGCCUUGACAGAAAUCUACAAAUACGCCAAGAGAUACAGAAACCAGGUGGUGAAUGCUCUGGAGUCUAACCCCACUGCACGUCGCACUCAGCUGCACCACAAGUUCGAGCAGGUCAUUGCCCUUGUGGAGGACAACAUCUACGAGUGCUGCAGUGAGGCCUGAGCUGGCCGACAUCUCUUCUACUGGUCAUCUCUGCUCCUGCUGCCGGCUGCCUGUCUCCCACCUACUUUGCUACCUGGGAAUGUUCGUCCUCAAGGAAUUACCCGUCAUAACUCUCAUUAUUAUUCCCGUUCUGAAAAGCCACAGACUGGAACAAGUGUGAAAGUGGCAGGACAAGGGACUCGAGCCUGCCUGUCAGACUUAAUAUAUUUCUGAGGUGUUCUGCACUUCCUCCUCUCAUCUGGGAAUGCCAGUACAUUUUCCCACACUAUUUCUUGUGACACAUACAGAAUUCCUGUCUGGUUGAACUUUGCUUUAGCCAGAAGCUUAUGUAGGUGUAGGAACUCAGAGAUGAGACUUUCUCUGGAUGUCUUCACAGUUACUGGGACCUAAAGCCCUGGUGGCAAUCUACGCACUGACCCCCUUCUUAAGGGAACGAGCCAAUGAUGCACUGUACUGUAUUAUAAUGUCCAUAGCAAUAUUUAUAGAUGUGUUAUAAUGCUUUCAAGUGGCCUGUCCAUCAGGAUGAGUAAGAAUGACCAUGACAAACUCCUCCCUAAAGCCUAAAGCCUGCAUUGUUCUCAGGUGCGCUUGGCGAAGAUGAGGGACUCACUCCCAUUGGUGCUUUGAACUAUAUGUCCCAAUGUGCUUUGCAGGUUGAUGAUGGGUUAAGGAGGAGUGGAGAAAGGAAUAGAAAUAAUUUUCUAUAGGUAAUGUCUGCAAAACCGCUGAAAUGUAUUGAAUCAAAUGUAUUGUAGUUCACUGGGAAGAGCUGCAUCAGUAUAGAAAUGUGGAUCAGUGUGCUUGUAAAUGAAUGAAUAUCAUGACCAAUCUACAAGAGGGAAAUUUAAAUUUAUGAAAAAAAAAUGUGAGCUCAAUAUAAUCUGAGGAGAACUGUCUGACAUGACUGUAUUUGUGAUGCCAAAUGACUUGUCAGAGUUUGUGAAAUAAAUUACAGUAUUUAGAAUUUUA